AUGUUAAGAGAUGAUCGCCUGAAUAAUUAUGGUGGCCUCAAGCGCCCUCCCAAUGCGUGGUUGCUUUUCCGUUCGGAGAUGCUGGCAGCUAAUCCUGAAAUGAAAUCCAUCUCCCAAGCCGAGGUUACAGUGAAAUGUAAAUCUCACUGGAGUUUGCUUAGCUCUGAGGAACGCAAAAAGCUUCAAGACCGAGCACAUCAAGCGACUGUUGAAUUGCUCCAAUAUUUUCCAGACUACGCUUACCAGCCGAUGUCCAUGGAAAACAAAGCGAAGUGGAAGCAGCUCGGUAUUUAUUACAGAAAAGAGUUUUGGGUGUCCUCGGCUGCCCGGAUCGCGGAGAAGAUUGUGAGUCCGGGUAAACCCUGGAACGGGUUUUUGACUUUGGAGAAGUGGCUGGAUGAGCAUUAUCCAGGCGCAUCAGAUUACUUGUCUCUAGCCACCGUUGUCACUGGAGCAGAGCAUACAUCCGAGUCCGGGUCUCCGGCUCGUCUCGUUUCCCCAUUGCGAGUCCUACGUAAACAUGAUGGCAGAUCUAUCCGCGCCCCGAUCGCGACAAAUAAAGCAAGUUCUUUUAGGCUUCAUCCAUAUAAUAAGCAUAGCAGGGCGCCUGUUCCUCCCACAAAGGGGGAUACACUAGAGCAGGCACAAAUCGGGAGUGCUAGCAGGGCUCUACCACCUGACCAGCUGAAAGAUGUUCUAGUUCCUAUUGACUCUCAAUCAUCUGGUUCUCAGCGCAAGAGGCAAGUUCUGUUUGCGCACCAGCCAGUCUCUCCUAACGGGAAGAUGGUAUGGGUGUCAGAGAUUAUAGAUGAUCAUGUUCCAGAAGAUACCCUCAGGAAAUUCUUGGAUUCAACUGGCCCCAACGAAGUCUCGACCGAUCACCUCAUAUUGCGAGAUUAUACGGACCCUUGGGUGCCCGAAGCGAUGGACGAGAAUGGCAAACUGUUUUACCCACAUAUAAGUUCGAUUCCCGAAUAUCACGAGUAUAUACGGGCGUACCACUCUUCUCAAGAGCGUGGCCUGGACUUCGUAUGGCCACCUCCACCUCGAUCUUCUUCAGCCACAGCCCUGCCUAUUGGGCAGCCAGACUCAUCUGUGGCAUCCGUGAUAAGGGAGACUGCGCCUCAGCAUUCGGGUUCUCGGGACUCAAGUAUACCACGGGGAAGCCCUACUCUUGACUGA